UAUUAGAUGGACGUUGGUAUAAUAGUUCAGUAUACUCCGCAACUGAGCGUAUCGAAACAAGCUACCCCGACCAAGUUCAACUCUACGAGGAAUCCACACUACACAAAGUGUGAAUAUUGUAGACAGAUUACUCAAGCAUUAUAUAAAGCGCAUCAGGAAAAUAAUCGUCCAAUCUGACAGUUCUGACUGAAACUGUUGUCUGGAUUCAUCAAUUACUCGAUACAACCGACAUCAAAGAAAAACAUCAACCUCAUUCAGCCAGGUAGCUACAAAUUUCUGAUACACAGGAGAAUCAGUACACUCUAGGUUACUUGAGUAUAUAAAGACAUAUUAUAUGAUAUAUUUACCCAAACAUUCGAUUGCAUCAACGAUGAACUGCAUGUAUUCAUCAAGAUAUUUACGUCGUGUGGUUAAAUGUUUAUUUGUCUUGGUGACUCUCCUUUGUUUGUUCGAGUACGCUCAUUGUGCUAAUGUCGAAUAUGUAUGUCGAAUGCAAGACGGAGAUCAAUUCGCGAACCCUUUUCACGCGAACGGAGGCAAGGAUUGCGCAAACACGAAUGCUACUUGCGUCAAAUCGUGGACGCACGACUGCAGUGGAUGUAAAUGUAAUUCAGGCACAGAAACAUAUCGUGCUGAUAUUAUGAACUGCGUCUCGACGAAAGUGCUGGCUGAUUUCACAGGCUGUGGUGGCAAGGGCAUAAGGGACGAUGAUCCACAGCUCACAGAUAAAACACUUCCGACGUUAGAUUUCACGAAAAGUGGAACUAAAAAUAUUCGUGGCCUUUUACGCAUCCAUCAUGGUAUACCGGUUAAUGAUAUAACGUGUAAAAUCAAGAACAAUACAAGUUUCCUUAGCGAUGAUGGCAACUGGAUAGCACUACCUAACAUGAGUAAUAUACUGACUAUUACGCCAAACGAGGGACGUGACACCGAUCCAGCUCACCUCACAAUGGAAUGGGAAGAAGUUAACGGUUUCCUGUCUGGACUUUUAUUGAAGCUACAAAUUUCUUGCCACACGAAAACAGACCCCCCUGAAAAUGGCUGCUUUGUAUUUAAAAUUAAAGAUUGUAAAAAUUAUGAUCUUUCUUCAAAGAUGAUUUCAAGCACAAAAGCACUCACAAUUCAUACAACAAAAGAAGUUAAUAGGGAAACUACUGAAUCAGAGAAACCACCCACAAUGGUCUCAACGACAGUCGUCAAUAGCACGAAGGAGAGCGUAGUUAAUAAGAACUACACGUACAGUGUUUCAAUGCCUGUGAUCAUCGGUAUUUCUGCUGGUGUUGGCCUGGUCAUCUUGCUCAUCAUUAUCUUGGCUGUAUGCUUUGUUCGUCACAGAAUCAGGAAGCACGAGAAAGAAAAACCAUCCAUUGCUAACCCUGAUGCUCCAAUAAAAGUUCAUUUCACGGCAGAGACAAGAUUCAGUCUAAUUCAAGAAGCUGGGCCAGUGAAUACUGAUGAUGAAGAUUAUACUAGUUUAAAAGAAGACAGAGAAAGUUACGAGCCUUAUUAUUCACUGAAAAAAGAUGAUGUUGAUUUGAAUGUUAUUGACACAAUUCUGAGGGAUGCAGUCUCGAUGGAAUGCAUGAGUCCUUCUGCGGAGCCAAGAUACAAUUGCCAUUUAACAAAGGAUGAUGCAAUCGUGAUAGAAAGCUCAAGACCUCGUUCACCUAAGCAACCGAAUUACCACGUGCUUGAGGAACCUGGCGAUGACAUCGAUCCUGAUUACGAAGAAGUGGAUGAUGACGAUGACAUUAUGACGUCACAGCGAUUGCUCCCUACCAAGCCACCCCUCCCUGACCACGAAUAUCAUCAGUUAGAGCCACCUCUGUCGAGAUUACACUCUGAUUGUUAACGUAGUAAAUGUGCUUUCACGCCCGUUGCCUCAAAAAUCUCGAUCACGAAGUCGCGACGACCCUAUAUCCUAGUGUAGUAUAGUAUGGUAUAGUAUCUCCCAUCCCUGGGGCCGGUUGUUCGAAAGGCGUUUAGUUUAACCGCGCUUUCCUUUAUACGGUAAAAACGGCCAGACCGGUCCUGUUGUGUUUCAGUACAGACGGUUACUGGUAUUUCAGUGUUUUAAGAAAUCUGCACUCAAUUAUAUCAUUAUUUA